UACGUGAUAAUAUUAUUGUUUUUAUUUAUAUUUAUUGAACAAACAACAAAAUGGAAUAAACAACUUAAAUUACAGUGCAAAAAUAUUACAAAGAUUAUGGAACAAUUUAAUUGAUCUUUUUUGAUACAAAUAUUUAUAUACACGUAAGUAUCUUAGAUAUAUAGCCGAAGUCAAUCCGCUGGCGGUGGUUCGUCCUGUUUAUCAAUAUUCAUGCGCCGGUUAAUACAUGUCACACCAGCAUUUGCUUUUAUAUUUUAUGGACUAGAAGAAAGGCGCUAAAAAAUAAUUAAAAUCAUGUUUAUUAAUUACGUGUUAUUAUAUACUGUUAUUUUAAGUGUAAAAGCAUCAAUGUUUGCAUCGCCUCCGCAAACUGCUUUGAUAAUUGGAUUUGAAGAUGUGUAUGAUCUUUCACUAUUAUCAAACACUUUGUCAGACCAGGGCAUGGAUGCGACUCUGAUAAUUCCUUCGUUGAAUUCACGAGAUAUCUAUGAAAAUCUAGUGCAAGUGGAAGUUAUUAAAAUAAAUUUCACUCUAGGAACUGAUGCAAAAAAAGUAGAUAAAUCUCUGAAAGCUUGUGAGACUGUUUUAAGUGAUAAAAAACUUCUUGAUAAAAUACGUAAGAUUCAGCCAACUUUUACAAUUUUUCCGGCUCUGAGACAUGAUGCUUGUAUUAUCCCAUUGGUUAAAUCUAUAGAAUCUAUACCAGUAAUUUGGGCACGAGGACAAGAAGAGGAAUAUUAUGCUGUUGAAAAAUCACGAAUGGCCAUUCCAUUUCAAACUGGAACAUUUUACGAGAGAUUUUUGACUAAUUUGAAUCUAAAAUCUAUGGUUACUUAUGUUGACAAUCAUUAUGUCAAUCAAGCAUUUAAAUUAGUUAAACAGUACAUCAAUAAUGUUGAAGAUACUAAUUUAUAUGAUCUUUAUUCUGAUGUUAAAGUAUUUCUUUGGGGUGGCGAUCCUGUUUUACGCUUAGAUUUUUCUCCGUUGACACAUCAACUGGUUGAGGUCGGAUGUCACCACUGCAGAGGCGUACAACCAUUACCGAAUGUUCUCCAAAAAGAAUUAAUAGAGUUUAAACAAGGAACUGUAGUCGCGACUCUAGACUCCGAAUAUAUAAACAUGAUAGAGCACUUAAGUCAACAAAUUCCCCAAGGUCAAGCAAUCUUAUGGAAGAACAAAAUCGUUAAAAAAACUAAUGGAAAAAAUAUAUUUAUUCAUGGUGAUGUUGAUCGUCAAGAUAUCAUAGGAUAUUCAAGAACACGAUUAUUACUGAGUCAUUGUGCAGAUACUGAAUUUUUAGAGGCGGCAUUUCAUGGUACGCCUUUAAUAUGUUUCCCAAGAAAUUCUGAAGAAAAAGAAAAUAAUUUGCGUGCUGUUAAAUUAGGAAUAAGUAUUACAUUAAAUAAUGACUAUACAAUAGAUAAUGUUAAUAAAAUAUUGAACGAAAUUCAUGAAAAUAUAAAAUAUCGGGAAACAGCAAGAAAAAUAUCACUGGCAAUAAGAGAUAGAUUAGCACCAGCGUCUGACAGAUUAAUUUUUUCGCUGAGUUAUGCCGCCAGACAUAAAGAAAUUGAUAUUAAUUAUUGGCCAAUUGGAAGAGACAUUAAUGUAAAUACAUUUUUAGAGGAUAUUAAUUUUUUAUAUGGAUUAAUUAUUGGUAUUAUAGUAGGUGCUUUAUUUGUCGCAACUACCGCACUGACUUGGUAUUAUCAAAGUAAAAACAGUAAAAAAUCUAAAGUUAUAAAAGUAAAAAAACAUAGUCGAUAAUUUUGAUAUGUGGUUAUAAAUAUAAAAGUAUGUGAAAACAUUUAAAUGAAUUAUACAGUGAUAAAUUCAUAAAUACAUGGACAAUUUUUAUAUGUAUUUAUAAAUAUACUUAAUAAUACAGGAAACACAUAUACAUACGAAUAUUUCAUGCUAAAAAUACCGUAGCCUAGAGCUUUGCUUUUACUAAGAAAUAUUUGACACAUUCAAAUAAGCUAAUGUGUUGUUAUUAUUAUAUAUUUAUAUUUAUAUGUAUAAAUAAAUUACAAUUUGUCAA